GUUCUGCUGUUGGAACUGAAUCCACAUGGGCAAGUCUUUGUGUCCGUGCAAAGCGCUGUUGAGCUUUCGGCAAAUACUUGUUCCCAUGUAUAAAGAUGUCCUUAGUGGACCUAGGGAAGAGGUUGCUAGAAGCAGCUCGCAAAGGCGAAGAUGACGAAGUGCGAAAGCUGAUGGCAAGCGGUGCUCCCUUCACCACUGACUGGCUUGGGACGUCGCCUCUUCACCUCGCUGCCCAGUACGGCCACUAUUCGACAGCAGAAGUGCUGCUUCGAGCUGGCGUUAGCAGAGAUGCCCGAACAAAAGUGGACCGGACGCCACUACACAUGGCUGCGGCUGACGGACACACUCAUAUUGUAGAACUGCUAAUUAGGAACGGGGCUGAUGUAAAUGCCAAGGACAUGCUGAAAAUGACCGCUUUGCACUGGGCGACAGAGCACAACCACCGGGACGUUGUAGAGCUGCUCAUCAAAUACGGAGCUGAUGUCCAUGCUUUCAGCAAGUUUGAUAAAUCGGCUUUUGAUAUUGCUUUGGACAAGAACAAUCCAGAGACUCUGGUAAUGCUACAGGAAGCAAUGCAGAACCAGGUGAACACUCAUCCAGAGAGAACGGAUCCCAUCACCAACACUGUGACUCUCACCUCGCCAUUUAUUCUUGCACCAGGGGAAGUUCUCAAUCUCGCUAGUCUCGUCUCUUCAGCAAAUGCCAAAACAACCUCAGGUGACUCGCAUGUCUCGACGGUGCAGUUUUCCAAUUCAACGACCUCCGUGCUUGCCACGCUUGCGGCCCUCGCUGAAGUAUCGGCACCGCUUUCCAACUCAAACAGAGACACAGGUAAGGCGGAGGAAAUAGUGGAAGCAAAUUCUGUCGAUUCUGCCAUACAACAAGUGGUUGGCAGCGGAGGGCAGCGCGUCAUCGCCAUUGUAACAGACGGAGUUCCCCUGGGCCAGCUGCAAACAGCCAUCCCCACCAGCGGCCUCAGCCAGCCCUUCAUCCUAACCAUGCAAGAUGGGCAGCAAGUUUUAACUGUACCUGCUGGUCAGGUUGCAGAAGAGACUGUUAUUGAAGACAGAGAUGACGCAGAAGAGGAAGAAAAGCCACUGGCCAAGAAGCAAAAAGUGGAACAAAACGUAGAUGACUCGAAGGAAGACAAGGACAGCGUUGAAAGGGAAGUGCUACAGCAGCAGUUGCAAGAGGCGAACCGGAAGGCUCAGGAAUAUCGUAGCCAGCUCAUAAAGAAAGAGCAAGAGGCGGAAGAGUACCGGCUGAAGCUGGCAGCCAUGGUGAGGCAGCAGCCCAACGGAGCUGAGGUGACGGUGCUCGAAGAGGUCGCCGAGGUCGACCCGCUUGUGGUAACCUCAGAAGACAUCAAGGAAUCCGUGCUGUCCAUGCUGGAAACGGAUCAGCCAACUGAUAUUGCUGUGGAAACUGUAACCUCCUAAUCCUCGGUGAUUGACUGGGUUUUGUAAAGGAAAAUAACUUUUUUGUGUUGUUUUUUUGUUUUGUUUUUUUUGUUAAAUAAGGUGCUGUUGGCAAGCGGUGUUGAGAGCAGAGGGCUGUUGCCAAAGCCACCCCAUCGCCGGGGGUAGAAGCUUCUCCAGCCGCUUGCAGCAUAACUCUGCUUUCAGCGCGGUGCCAAAAGGUGCUUUUAAAGCUUGACCUUGAGAGAUUGGAAGCUUUUUAACAAAAUUUUAGCCAGAGGGUGACCUGACGGCUUAUUCGGUGAUGUCAAUACCUGCAUUGUUGGGGAGUGGAAAAGAAAUACCUCAUUGCCAAAGCAGCUGGUAUUAGCUCUCAGCUGCCUGGAAAUUACAGCACUGAAAAGAGACUUUCUGCAGUAACCUGAGGUGUUCGCUCCCUUCUGCGAGGUCGAGUGACCGGAGCUGCACCUUCAGAAAAAGUAGUCUCUUGGGGUGUUGCUUUAAAAUCUUGAGAGGUGCGGAGGGGAUUUCCCCUUUCAGCCAAAAAGUGAAUUACACGUUCUUUUUCUUCCAAAACUAUGAAUCCUUUUGAUUGAGGCAACCUUCAAUGCAAGAGCGAAGGCCGGGCUGAACGUCUGUCAGCCGGAGCAUUUCACGCUAUCGGGGAAUACUACGCUUCGCCCUCUUUGUUUCAGGAACAAUUUGGGGGAGCUCUUCGUCAGACCCCUUAAUUACCCAAGGGGAUAGCAAAAAAUUCCUCUUCAAUUUUAUGAUAUUUAGUCAAAUGUUCUAUUUGACACUUCUGCGCUGACCAGUAGCGUUAACUGAUUAUAUACGCAGAACUAUACGUACGGCGGCUGCUGCAAGAGAGCUUGGGAGUCGAGCUGUCCCUGGAGAUACGUAUGUCACUUUUAUUUUGUACUAAACAGUUUUUAUUUUUAAAGAUACUAAAACCUUUUUUAACAAGCAGCUGAUCUUGUUACUGAAACGUUUGUCUUUUUUUUUUACUCUUGGCGGGCCUGUUUAGUGCAGGGAUCCGUUUAGUACAGCGGAUUAUGGGUUUCAAAGACAGCAGGGAACUGAUUGGAAGCACCCCGAAUAAUCGGGUGGAGCUUGAGAAUGAAAGAUUAUCAAGUGAAGUUUAGAAAAAUACCGUAAACGAGUGAAGUUUAGAAAAACAGCCAUCACGCAAGCUGUGCCGUCGGUCGCAAAAAGGUUAUAAUGGCGAGGAGUGGCUUGCAGCUCCGAGGCCCCAGCAGCUGGCCUGCUCCCUGAGAGUCUCUUCGCGCGAGAUAAAAAUUUAUCACUCUUUUGGCCCGUAGUUCAUUGGUUUGGGGUUUGUUGGGGUCUUUUGCCCUAGUUUUGUAACUGUUGGCGGGAUUCAAGGUAAUAAUUCAAUGUCACGGUCCUUGCAUUGCGUUUUUCCCUGCUAUUUCCAAGCGUGUCCAGAUAAUACGGUUUUCUGUUGGUUCAGGUACUGCCUUUGUUAACGUUUCUUUGCCGAUAGAUCGGCCGUAUCGUGACGUCGGAGACGUAAUGCGGACUAACGAGUUCAUAAAGGUAUGAGCGUACGGUCACGGCUCUGAAGGAAUUUCUCACCCCCGAGAGGAAACUGCUUUUCACCCUAAAAUCAGUCAGUUCCUGGAGGUUGGGCCCGAAAAGGAAGGUGGGAUCUGCCGAAACCCCGUCUUCGGCAACGUUUCACAGCGUUUCGCCGGUUGGGUUCGCCAGCGAGCGGUAGGAGAGGAAGGUUUACGUGACUGUUACUGUAAAGGCUUCGUGAGACUUGCUGGGUUUUGAGAAUCUAAGUGCAUUUAUUUAUAACCAGUGUAGCUAUAUUUAUAAAUAAGACUUUUUUAUCUUUUUCCAAAAGAUGGUUUGAAGAAGGCUUUAAUAAUUAUUUUUUAUCGAUGAAUGUUUGGAGAGACUCGGUUCCUGGUUAUCGAUUACUUCAGCGUUUCCUCGCUGACUUUAAGCACGUGUUAAGUUAUUUUCUUUUGUUCCCCAGAACACUGAUAAUUUGGGUUUGUUUGAACUUAAAAUCUGCGUCAGAGGGUUCGAGACGGUGUUAAAGUAAAUCCAGGCAGAUUCUUCUAAUACCCAGAAGCGUUUACGGAUGUAAAGGGACACUGUCAACUUUGGCUUUUACAUUUUGCCUGAAAUUUGUGCUUAUUAUUUGUAAAUUUGAAGAGCUCGGCAGCUGUAGUGUGUAUAAACGCUGUGUUGUGCCUUCGACAGCACUGCGAUUCUCAGCGAUUUCCAUCCUUCCCCUGAAAAGGGUUGGUUUUGCCAAAAAGCCCCUUCAGCUGGGAAACAAACUUCCC